GAAUUCUAGAAAACGCAACUGUCGUCGCGAUGGCCGCAGCGUAACUCCUGCUGCGACGCGCCUCCUCUUCUGAUUCUGAUCCCAUCGCGCUCCCCGCUCCUCCACCGUCGCCCGCCCGUGCACUCGACUAGUUUCCAGCCCCGCGUCGCCAUGGCCGCUGACGCCGCCUGCCAGUUCCAGAAGAUCCAGAUCCAGCGCGAGGGCACGACCUUUGAUGUCUAUGUUGUUGGCAAAGAAAAUGCUCCUGGUGUUGUAGUUUUGCAAGAGUGGUGGGGGGUUGACUAUGAGGUCAAAAAUCAUGCCAUCCAUAUUUCGCAAAUCGGUGAUGGAUACAGAGCACUUAUUCCAGAUUUGUACCGUGGGAAGGUUGCUUUGGAUGUAGCUGAGGCUCAGCAUCUGAUGGAAGGUCUAGACUGGCAGGGUGCAAUCAAGGAUAUUCAGGCUUCGGUUAAAUGGCUUAAGGAAAAUGGAUCAGCAAAGGUUGGUGUUACUGGUUAUUGCAUGGGAGGUGCUUUGUCAAUUGCAAGUGGAGUUUUGGUCCCUGAGGUUGAUGCAGUUGUUGCUUUCUAUGGGACGCCAUCUUCUGAGCUUGCUGAUCCCUCCAAGGCUCAGGCUCCAAUCCAAGCUCAUUUUGGGGAGCUUGACAGUUUUGUUGGGUUUGCAGAUGUCACCGCCGCCAAGUCAUUGGAGGAGAAGCUCAAGUCUUGUGGACUACCAGAUGAAGUCCACAUAUAUCCUGGAUGCUCUCACGCCUUUAUGAACGCAUCACCUGAGGCCCUCAAGAGGAGGAAAGACAUGGGUUUGGCUGAUGAGAACCUGGGAGCCAUUGACCUGGCCUGGUCUCGCUUCUCUGCUUGGAUGGGUCGAUUCCUGGGAUCUGCAUGAGCCACUUUCAUAUGGUCUCUGAUGUAUAUCUGGAGUCAAGGGCCCAAUCUAGACAAGUGUGCUUGUUAUCCUACGUGAACUUGCCUUUUCUUUUGUGGCUGAGCUGAGGUCGUGCUAUAAUUUGCUCGGUUCUUUUCUGUUGCUGCUUUACAAGGCUGCCCUGGAUAGUUAAAAUGUCUUCCGCGCACCCGAUAGGAGGAAAAUGGAACACUUUCAAACAGUUCAUACAAAUUAGUUUGUGUUUUUCCCUAAAAGAAAUAAUAAAAUAGUUUGUGUUUGGAUAA